CACCUGGCAGCAAAAUACUGGCAACAUUGUCCAGUCCAGUCCAGCUGGAGGUAAACGGCAGGAACAGGGACGGGGGAAACCCACAGGACUGUAGCUGUAGGACAGGGCAGAUGGAAACAGUAGAACACCUAAUAGUGGAAUGCAGCAACUAUGAGCGGCAGAGAGGGGAGUUGGUGGCAGGAGUAGUGAUGGUAAUAGGCGGAGAGGAGUGGGCUAGGAGACUAGAGGAGGAAUACGGGGCGAUCUGCACGGUGUUGGGGCUGUAUGGAGACAAAAAGGAAACGGAAAGAAGAAUGGUAAAGUUGGCAAAAGUGUUCCUCGCGCAGUGCUGGGAAAAAAAGGGCACAAAUGUCUGAAUAAGUGAAUAUAAGUGGCUUUAUUUCAGGUUAGAAAAUUACAUAACGCUGAAAAGAAAGUUGUGUGAAUAAGAAGGGAGGAACGAGAGGAGGAGGACCUAAGAAGCGAUACAAUGCGUUACAGGUCAAAAGAAGAAGAAGAAGAAGACGUGUAAGGAUUAUAUCAUAAGGGCACGACCUCAUUCAGACCGUCGUUGGUUGACCCAUCCCAAAUACCUGCACCCAUCAUUUCCACAUACACCACACCAAGGCAAGUAUACUUGCCUUGCACCACACAGCACACACACUCGACACAGCCAAUUUAUCUUCAGCCUCGUGUAGCUGCCUGUACCGGUGAUCGAGGGAGAAACAACGGACUCUUACAAGUGACUUGAUAAGUUGAUACUGGAUGGGUGUGCAAAGGCGUCUUGACCCCCGCCCCAUUCUUAAUAAAAUAGAGGGCUCCUUUUGGGCUCUUGCGGAAGGUGGAGUCCGCGGGUUUUGGGCUCGUUUUGGGAAAGGAGUGCGCGGGAAUCCGACUCGGCGGGAAUGCGGAGCGGAGUGGAUCUCUGCGGCUCUGCCUGCUCGAGGAGGCCGCGGCGGGACCUCACAGCCCCUCAGCCCCAGCCCGCCAGGCACUGCAGAAGAAAGGAGAGGCAGCGCUGGUGCCGGUGCUGAAGUGAGGGCCUGGAGCAGGUGCUGUCACUGCUGUGCUCAGCGACACUGACUUGAGGACUCCUUGGAGCAUCCCGCGCCUGGCCUGCUGGCUUGGUCCCUGAGUGUGCUGAAGUGAGGGUCUGGGGCGGGUGCUAUGCUCAGCACCACUGACUUGGUGCAUCCUGCACCUGGCCUGCUGGCUUGGUCCCCGAGUGUGGCAUCAGGGUACCUUGCCACCCUCUGCAGCUUCCCUGAGGUUCCUGCAAGACCUGCCGACCCCUCACAUCAGGAGCAGAGUUGCAGUGGAGGAUGCAGGGCCGGACAGCAGCCUGAGUGGCCGGGACCAGCAGGGGCAGACUGCCACUGGUGUGAAGAACAGGGGUGAUCAGAUGAACCACCACCAUCUUGCUGCUGGUAUCUCCAGCCAUAAAGAAAAGAGCGCUGCAUCAGCGGCAGAGCAGGGCCUGAAACCUCAUCAACGACGACAACAACAACAACGUUUGAGUGUGAGAAGAUUGGAGACUGAGAGCAAGUUCACUAGAUGCAGCCUUGGGCUCACUGGUGAAGGAAACCAUGAGUGACCAGAGUGUGGCCAAAGACUCCCUGGGAAGGGUGACCUCUACAAUUACACCCACACACUCUGCUAAAAGACCUCAUAAAUGCCAAGACUGUGACAAAAGCUUCUGUGCAAAAUCGGACCUCAACAGACACACCCUUACACACACUGGUGCAAGACCUCAUGAAUGCCAAGAGUGUGGCAAAAAGUUCAGCCUGAAACAUCACCUCAUCAGACACACCCUUACACACACUGGUGAAAGACCUCAUGAAUGCCAAGAGUGUGGCAAAGGGUUCUUUAGAAAAAAGAUCCUCAACACACACACCCUUACACACACUGGUGAAAGACCUCAUGAAUGCCAAGAGUGUGGCAAAAAGUUCAGCCUGAGGAGUCACCUUAGAGAACACACCCUUACACACACUGGGGAAAGACCUCAUGAAUGCCAUGAGUGCGGCAAAAAGUUCAGUACAAAGCAGAACCUCAACAGACACACCCUUACACACACUGGUAAAAGACCUCAUGAAUGCCAAGAGUGUGGCAAAAGCUUCAGUAGAAAAAAGGACCUCAACAGACACACCCUUACACACACUGGUGAAAGACCUCAUGAAUGCCAAGAGUGUGGCAAAAAGUUCAGCCUGAAGAGUCACCUUAAAAGACACACCGUUACACACACUGGGGAAAGACCUCAUGAAUGCCAAGAGUGUGGCAAAAGGUUCAGUAGCAAAAUGAUCCUCAACACACACACCCUUACCCACACUGGUGAAAGACCUCAUGAAUGCCGUGAGUGUGGCAAAAAGUUCAGUACGAAGCAGAGCCUCAAUACACACACCCUUACACACACUGGUGAAAGACCUCAUAAAUGCCAAGAGUGUGGCAAACGCUUCAGUAUAAAAAAGGACCUCAACAGACACAUCCUUACACACACUGGUGAAAGACCUCAUGAAUGCCAAGAGUGUGGCAAAAAGUUCACCCUGAAGAGUCACCUUAAAAAACACACCCUUACACACACUAGGGAAAGACCUCAUGAAUGCCAAGAGUGUGGCAAAAAGUUCAGUGCAAAGCAGAGCCUCACCAGACACACCCUUACACACACUGGUGAAAGACCUCAUGAAUGCCAAGAGUGUGGCAAAAAGUUCAGUAUAAAGCAGAGCCUCAGCAUGCACACCCUAACACACACUGGUGAAAGACCUCAUGAAUGCCUGGAGUGUGACAGAAGGUUCAGUACCAAGUAUCUUUUGAACCAGCACAUCUUCCGACACUCUGGUCUGAGAGAGUUGAAGUGUGAUGUUUGUGGAAAACAUUUCAAGUUGAAGAAUGAUAUUGCCCAACACAUGAAGAUCCACUUCCGCUGAGGUGUUGUGUUGUGCUGCUGUAUGUGGUGGUGGAGCGAAGUGUAGCUCAGGGAACAACAAAUAAAUAGUACAUUCUU